AUGUCGAAUGUUGUCGACACGAAAUUGUACGACCUCCUCGGAGUGUCUCCGUCUGCAACUGAAAAUGAGCUGAAAAAGGCAUACCGGAAACUGGCAAAAGAAUAUCAUCCCGACAAGAACCCUAACGCUGGAGAUAAGUUCAAAGAAAUCAGCUUUGCCUACGAUGUGCUAACUAACCCUGAAAAGAAAGAACUUUAUGAUCGCUAUGGAGAACAAGGCUUGCGGGAAGGUGGCGGGGGUGGCCCAGGGAUGGACGAUAUUUUCUCCCACAUCUUUGGAGGUGGACUAUUUGGCUUCAUGGGUGGACAGAGCAGUCGAUCCAGAAAUGGAGGUCGGAGGAGAGGAGAGGACAUGGUCCAUCCACUCAAGGUUUCACUGGAGGACCUUUACAAUGGAAAAACAACUAAACUACAACUUAGCAAGAAUGUACUGUGUAGCACUUGCAAUGGGCAGGGAGGCAAGACGGGGGCUGUACAAAAGUGUACAGCGUGUAGGGGGCGUGGCAUGCGCAUCAUGAUCAGACAGCUGGCCCCGGGUAUGGUCCAACAGAUGCAGUCAGUGUGUACUGAUUGUAAUGGAGAGGGUGAGGUGAUCAGUGAGAAAGACCGCUGUAAAAAAUGCGAGGGCAAGAAAGUCGUGAAGGAGGUGAAGAUUCUGGAGGUACAUGUGGACAAAGGCAUGAAGCAUGGCCAGAAAAUUACCUUUGGGGGAGAAGCUGACCAGGCACCUGGCGUUGAACCUGGGGAUAUAGUUCUUGUUCUGCAAGAAAAAGAGCACGAGACAUAUAGACGAGAUGGCAAUGACCUCUUCAUGAACCACAAGAUUGGGCUGGUGGAGGCGCUGUGUGGUUUCCAGUUUAUGUUGAAACAUUUAGAUGGAAGACAAAUUGUUGUUAAGUACCCUGCUGGCAAAGUCAUUGAACCAGGCUCUGUCAGGAUGGUGCGAGGAGAAGGCAUGCCACAGUACCGAAACCCUUUCGAGAAAGGAGAUCUUUAUAUCAAGUUUGAUGUCCAGUUUCCUGACAACAAUUGGAUCAGCCCUGAGAAACUUGGGGAGCUGGAAGACAUGCUGCCCUCACGGUCAGAGCCACCCAUCAUCAGUGGAGACACGGAGGAGGUCGACCUGCAAGAUUAUGACGUCAGCCAGGGCUCGUCAUCGGGUAACCGCAGGGAGGCUUACAAUGACAGCUCGGACGAAGAGGGCAGCCACCACGGCUCGGGAGUACAGUGUGCCCACCAGUAAUCUCAUGCUCUUUCCCACUCUGACAUAUACACAUACAGACACACACACACACACAACCCAUGAGCUAGAUGGGAGAAAAUGUAUGAGUUGCAGACUAAACAAAGGCAGGUUAGGCUCAGUAGCUCCUCAGACACAGAUCCAAUCAUACUGACUCAUGCACAAGUUGUUGAUUGUUUGAAAAAAUUGUGCCCUUGAAUCAUUUUGAUCUUUGUCUGAGGAACUGACACUAGGGCAGCCAGAGACAGAUCUAGACACUUUAAACGACAACUUUAGGUAAAAACUCAUAUAAAAUAUUUAAGAUGUAAUGAAACAAGUGGUCGCCUCAGUGAACACCAUGUUAGGAUGAUGAUCAGCAGCUGUGUGAUCUGCUGUUCAAACAGACUUCACCCACCCACCUUUCUCUUCCUCUGUCAUGGCUGUUAGUCCAGUGUCCUGCUAAUUGGAGCUCAAGAUCAGUAAAAAGGAAUGUUUCUUUGUGUGAAUGACAUGGAUUCUGUUUUCAUAGUAUUUACAUUAAUUUAAAAGACUAACCAAUGUGCAAAGACAAAGCAGCUGAGCAACGUGACAUGCAGAUCCUCGGACUCGUGCAUUCAUGGACUCAUCGACUCAGCGCCAUUUGUAGGAUUUGUUUUCUGAUUUUUACAGUUUUAGUUUCUUUCUAGGUUUUUACGUGUUAUUUUUUUUUUUUUUUUUUUUUUUUUUCUGUCUUUACUUUUUAAUUCAAACAGAAAAUUCAUUAAUUGUGUAUAUUACUGAAGUGGUUGUUGGUAAGCUUCAUCAGCUGCUGUAUUUCAAAGCUGUGUGAUUUUAAAAAAAUAAAUAAAUAAAAACCUAUAGUCUGUAUCUGUGCUGAGACCAUGUGCAUGUACAAAGCUUUGGUUCCCGCACUUGUCAAACAUCCAAUAAAGCGGCACACUUCUCAAAAAAUAUCUAUGAAGUUGUUGAAUAAACUGUUGAAAUAUCA